UAGAGAUUGCUCUGUGACCUUAAUCUGCUUAAUUACAUUAUGGCAGCUAAAAGGCUCUUCCAAGUGCACCGUCACUGCCUUUGGCUGAGGUGGCACGGAGCAAACAAAUACAGAGGACAACUACACUGUUCUCCUGCAGCCGCAAGAAGUCACUCAACUCCGGAAGAAAGAUUGCAGUAGGAGAUGUUUGCCAAACCUGGGGCUCCCCAGAGAGGAGAAAUGUUGACCAUCCAAGUUAAAAAUACCAUGUUGCAUCUGAACGGUCAAAACCUCAGACUGGCAGCUAAAAAUGGCCGCAGCUCUAAAACACCUGGCCUCCAUCUGUCAGCGACCCACGGGAAGGAGACCGCGGGUCAGCUCGUGGUCUGCUCGCCGACCCGGGAGGGCACGGCACAGUCGGUCGUGUUGCUGCCCGAGGCGCCCAGGCCUGACGCGGACAGGGAGGCCCAGAGUCAGCCAGUCAGGCGACCGCUGAAACUCACCCCGCUGGAGCUGCCGGAGGAGGUGAGGGAGGCUCAGAGGCAAAAACUUCUGUUUAUCCAGCAGGAAGCCAAACCUGCUUCCUGUAGGCUAGAUGUGACGGCGAACGAGCCCCGUACAAGGAAGGUGAAAUCCUGUGUGAGGCAGAGAUUGGUAAAAGCUCCAGCCGGCCCUUCUGUUUCCACUGAGCCCCUCAAAGCCCAAAAGCAAAACCCAUCCUUGCGGCCCCAGCUGACACGCUCCGUCCCCGUAGAGCACAACGGACGCUGGCCUCUGGAGGAUGUGGUGUGUCGAGGUACGCCAGCUCCCAUGUGCAGCAAGCCUGCCCCUCCUUUACUCUCUCUCCGAGUUAAAGCUCUGGCCGCACGUGGCGCAGAGGUGGCACGCCAGAACCCCAGCACCCUCCAGGAAGAGGUGGGGAAGAGGAGGCUGAGGCUGCAGAGAGCACAAUGCCUAGUAGAGGAUCAGUGCAACUCAAACACGCCAACAGGGGGAUUAUGUGCAGAUAAAGGCAAGCCGGCCCAAGGUGUCCAAAGCAAAGGGCAGCGGGCGGAGAGGGAGAGGGCUCCGAGAGUCCUGCCGCAUCCUGGAAAAGGCAUCAAAGAGCCUCCUGCAGCCUCCUGGGAUCACGGACGUGUCAGUCAGCAAACUGCAAGAUGCACUCUGAAUCAGAAACCCACUGAAGGCGGGAGCGGUGAACACACACUCAACGGUGUGAAGACAAGUGCUUCUAAAGGGAGUAGGGCUGGGUGUCGCUCAAAAGGUUUCGAUACCAGUACCGAUACUUUGAGACUGGUUCCUGAAUGAUACUUUUUUCAACACUAAGUUUAGGAAAUCCCAUCCAUCCAUCCAUGCAUCCAUCCAUCCAUCCAUCCAUGCAUCCAUGCAUCCAUGCAUCCAUGCAUCCAUCCAUCCAUCCAUCCAUGCAUCCAUCCAUCUGUCCAUCCAUCCAUGCGUCCAUCCAUCCAUCUAUCCAUCAAUCCAUCAAUCCAUCCAUCCAUCCAUCCAUCCAUCCAUCCAUCCAUCCAUCCAUCCAUCCAUCCAUGCAUCCAUCCAGCCAUCCAUCCAUCCAUCCAUCCAUCCAUGCAUCCAUCCAUCCAUCCAUCCAUCCAUCUGUCUAUCCAUCCAUCUUUGUCCGCUCAGCCGGUGUCAGGUUUUGAAGCAGCUCCAUCAGGGGACCCCAAACUUCCCUUUCCCGAGCCACAUUAACCAGUAUAUAUAUGUAAAUAAAAUACAACAUUACUCAUUACAACACAACUCUUUUUAUUUAAUUGUCAGCGCCUACCAGGUGAGGCCCGUCUGUGUGCAGGUUUUCCUGAUGUCUCUACAACGUGUAAGAGUAGAAGCAUGCUGCAUGCUUAUUGGCUCACUGACGCUAAGGAAAUUGACCUCUCAGGUAUUGCAAUUUGGUAUUAUUUGGCGUUUUUUUUUAUACUUCUUACAAUUUGGCAUUUUGGCCGGUACAGAAAAAGAAUCAAAUUCAGUACACCAGCCCUAUACUGGAGCUUAAAGAGGAAAAAGCCUUGAUCACAGUCGCUCUGGAAAGACUCAGACUGUUAUCACAUUGGAUCUUUCACUUUGGCAGCUCAGGACUUUGUGAAAUGAUGUCAUGCUUCGAGAUGCUAUCGUGUCAUGAGGAGAGCCAGUAUCCCAGUUUGGAAGUCUACUAACCAGUGAUGUGAAAAAUACAUAGAACCAAAUAAUGUAACUUUUGGUUGUUUGGUAAUUUGUGUCUGUUUUGUUUCGCUUAUCUUGUUUGUAUAUGUGCAAUGUUUUUUGUGGUAUCUUGUUCAGGACCCUCUUCGAAAACGGGAUGGUACAUCUCAAAGGGUUAUCCUUAUAAAGAAUUUCAAAGAUAAUUUACUUGGCAGGUGAAAAACCCACGUUGAACCCAGAAAAUGCUUUCUAAAGCUGUGCCAUUGUGAACUGCUUUACACACACAACAACAACAGCUCAGUCUGCAACAUUGAGAUGUAUACAGUGUAUGUAUAUACAUGUUUUGCAUGAACUUUUUAAAUGAAAAGCCACAUAGCGUAUUGUCGUGAAAUCCCUGAGGAGGUGUGUUUUCACUAACCUAAUAUCGCUGGCGCAAAGCCAGACUGAUUUCAAGUUUAUUAAUGGACUUUUCCCCGGUGUUCCCGAAAUAGAAAAUAAAUAAAUGGAUGUGCAACAUUUCAUACAAGUGUGUGCCAGGUGACUCUAAGUUAUGGAUUGUCCCAUUUCCCAAAGCUAUUCCCCUGAUCAGAGUACGCACUGAUUCAAUUAGGUGAAGCAGACCGCGCACAAAGCAAAGGCUGCUGGCACACCCCAGGGAGAGGUAAAUCACUACGGGUGAGCCCAGAUAAUGAAACUGCAUGCAAAGUCCUCAGAG